CGACCGGAUCAAUAGGCGUUCAAGCGGUGGACGAAGACUGGCACGGCUGCUAUUGUGUGGAAUCGGGCGACUCACAUACGCGAAAAGCUUAUUCAACGCUUCUUAUACACCAUAGUUCGUCAGCAAGAUGCAAUCCCUGGCAGAUCUAACGUCCUCCUCCCGCCUCACAACGGGUGAUAUCCCACCACCCCUCGUCGGCGCAACAACAACCGUCGUCGGCCACCAUGUCUACGUCUUCGGCGGCCGCCUCGUAACAACCCGCCGCAUGACCUCUGAUAUCUACGUCCUCGACCUCCGCACAAGUAUCUGGACCCGAAUCAUCGAGUCUAGCGCUCCACCCCACGCCCCGAAACCCAGAUACUUUCACAGUACGAAUCUUUGGCAGGAGUAUUUGGUCAUUUUUGGAGGAAUGUCGACGAGUCGGAAUACGGUUGAUGGGUUGUGCGUGUUGAAUGAUGUUGUGCUGUUUCAUUUGCGGACACAUACCUGGCGGAUCAUCGAGCCUGGUCCAGAUUCUGGACCUCAUGCCCCGAAGCCGCGGUAUGCGCAUCUCAGCGCUGUGAGUGGUGGGAAUUUGAUCGUUGUCGGUGGACAAGAUCUGACGAAUAACUACGUUGAGCAGAUCAACGCAUUUGAUUUGCAGACUUUGACGUGGACCUCUAGUCGUCCUUGCGAGAAACAUUGCGGCGCGUAUCGUUCCGUCGCGAUGUGUGCACAUUCGAAUAUCCGACCUCCGAAUAGCCGGGGACGAAGUUUCAGUAUCGGAACAAGUGGGCAAUCUGAACCAGGUAGUGCAGGCAUUGUGACGCAUACCACACCUACCGACACGUUCUUUACACAAGUUUCCCCGCGACCGAUUCCGCCACGACUGUCGAAUCCGAUAUAUAUCUACUCGAAUUAUAAUUUUGCGGAUGUGCAGCGAGAACUGCAAGUUUUGCCGCCGAUUUUGGGGAAGGAGUAUCCGGUAGAGGAUAUUUCGCACAAGAUGGGUGGGAGUGCUUUGCCACCUGGUCUUCGAUUUCCGAAUGGUGCGGUGAUUGGGAAUUGGGCGGUGCUCGGCGGAACGUAUCUUACCAACUCAUCGCAAACUUAUUCACUAUGGGCACUUGAUUUGAACACUUACCAAUGGCAACGUCUUGAUACCGGUUCUGUCUUCGCCUCUGGUUCAUGGAACAGGGGUGUUUUGUGUUAUGACCUCAACGCCUUCGUCGUCUUCGGAAAUCGCGAGAGAUCAUUGGUGGAGGACUACAACCACCGCCAAACAAACUUCGACCACAUAACCCUCAUCGACCUCGAAUCAUUCGGAAUCUACCAACCACCUCAACUUGAACACUCACCCCUCGCUCAAUCCGUUGGGUUAUCCAUGCUCAAUGACACGGGGCUGGCGGAUAUGGAGGUCUUGACGUUGGAUGGGAAGAGGAUACCGUGUUGUCAGCGAGUGUUGGCGACACGAUGGCCGAGGUUCAACGAGAUUUUUGCGGAGGCGAGUACUAACAAUCAGUUACGUCUUGCUGCGUCAGCACAACAAGCUCUACAACAAGGUGGGGGCCGGAAGGGAAGUGGUGCGAGUUUGAACUCAUUGCCACCCAUGCCGCUCUCCCCUUCCUUCCUCGCUUCCACGAACCCUAGGGUGUUGUAUUUACCGCACCCAUAUACUGUGGCGCACGCAUUCCUCCAAUACCUCUACACCGAAUCCCUAACCGCCCACCCCUCCCAACUCAUCCCCCAAACCCUCUCCGCCCUCCUCGUCUUCUCCCGCGUCUACGGACCCGAGAACCUCGGCUCCCUUGCUGCUGAUCAACUCCACCGUCAACUCGGAAUGGGAACGGCGGCGAUGACGUAUGAAGCUGCGGCACUCACGGGGAGACGGGGUUUGCAGAUCCGGAGUUUGAAGGUGAUGAUUUUGGCGAAGAAGUCGUUGAUGGAACAGAAGAGGCAGGGGUCGGAGAGUGCGAGUUCGGGGGGUGGGGGAAGCAGGAGGGGGAGUGAGGCUGUUUCCGUAUCAGCACAAACUGGAGGAGCAGAGAUAGCGAAGGGUCAUUCGGGGGUUAAGGCUGAUAGUACGACGACCAGUCGGAAGCAGAGUUUGGCGCCGGUUGCACCUAUGUCGAUGGGUAUGACGCCGUUGGGCCAUGUUGCGAGGGAGGAUAGUCCAAGGAGGGGGACAGAAGAGGGAAGUUUGAUCGAUGCUACGCGGAGGAUGAACAUUUGAGAAGGGAAAGGUUCAGGCCGUCGGCGAUAUGGUUUAUCAAGUG